UUCUCCCCCUCCUCCUUUUCCAUCACCGGUGGGUGAUGAUACGCACGGACGGAGGACCGCAUGAAACACGCACCGCUUGGCAGCAAAAACAUGCCCAUGUACACUGCCGUCCCAACAUCGUCUCACCAUUUUAUACGUUAUGCUUACAUCUUUUUCUAUUUAUGGAUCCUUUCGCCCAUUUUGGAAUCAUAACGAUGCUCGAUUUAUCAGCCAGCGAGCAUUUUUAGGUCUAAAAAGGCUUCUAGGGGAAAUGAGACUGAGAGGGGAUCUAUAAAAAAAAGGUGUAAUUGGCGAUCGGGGUUUUUUCUUGCCGCAAUCUACUGUUCAUCCGCUUUUUUCCGCAUUACACGUUAAUAUUUCACGCACUUCGUACAAAUCCAGGGGACUAUGUGAACAUCAUGCUGGCGGUGAGGUGCCUAAUGUUUGCUGCAGUGGGUGCAAGAUUUGCCAUGACAGGCUGGAGCGGAUCCCUGUUGCGGGAUGCGGGUUUGUGGGACUGGGCAGCGCCGGCGGACAGGGGGGAGCGCACCGCCGCAUCCAGGGAAGCCACCAAACCCAGACGGCUUGUGCAUCAGAUCGACGCGGAGGGGGAGAUGGUUCAUAGCCAUCUGGACACUAGGAUUAAGAAUCACUCUGACGGCGAGGCGCCUGUCCAUCUGGCCCAGAGCAGUUUCCUGGUGGAGGCUUUCAACAUCUCCUUCAUCCUGGACCUGCAGUUAAACCACCACCUACUGUCCUCUGACUACGUGGAACGACAUUUCGACAAGGACGGCAGGCCGAUGCAGACUGCGGGAGGGGAGCACUGCUAUUACCACGGGGUGCUGCGUGACGUGCUGGGCUCCUGGGCCGCCCUCUCCACCUGCCAUGGCCUCUGCGGCAUGUUCUCUGAUGGCAGGUUCUCCUACAGCAUCGAGCCGAUCCUCGGCGAGGGUGACAACUUGCAUGAGGUGUACAAGAUGCCAAACAUGGAAGUACCCCCCUCUUGUGCAGACUGUGCCAAGAACAGCAGUGAUGUCCAGGAUGACCUCCCCAGGUGGAGGCUGCCUCUCCUUGGGGGACUCAGACGUUCCAAAAGACAAGUACGUCGCCCACAGUACACAGUUCUGAGCGAAACCAAAUACAUUGAGCUGCUCGUGGUCAACGAUCAUGACUUGUUUUUGCAGCUCCGUGGUUCGACCUCCCAGACCAGGAACUUCGCCAAGGCUGUAGUGAACAUGGCGGAUGCGAUCUACAAGGAGCAGCUGAACACCCGCAUAGUGCUCGUCGCCAUGGAAACGUGGUCCUCCGGGAACAUGGUUUCGGUGGGAGCGGAUCCUCUGAUGACCCUGCGCGACUUCAUGAAGUACAGAAAGGAGAACAUCAAGGAGCGGAGCGACGCGGCUCACCUCUUCUCGGGGAGCACUUUCCAGAGCAGCCGCAGUGGUACAGCCUACAUGGGAGGGGUUUGCUCCCCCACUCGAGGAGGGGGGGUCAACGAGCACGGGAACGUUGGGCCCAUGGCGAUCACUCUGUGUCAGAGCCUCGGCCAGAACAUUGGCAUGAUGUGGAACGUGGAUCGCACCGCUGCAGGAGACUGCAGGUGUCCGGACACGUGGCUGGGAUGCAUCAUGGAGGACACAGGGUUCUACACCCCCAGGAAGUUUUCCCGCUGCAGUGUGGAGGAGUACAUACGUUUCCUGCAAAGGGGUGGGGGGAGCUGCCUCUUCAACAAGCCCGUAAAGCUGUUGGACCCCCCUGAGUGUGGGAACGGCUUCGUGGAAACCGGAGAAGAAUGCGACUGUGGUUCUCAGGUGGAGUGUGCGAGGAACGGAGGAGCGUGCUGUAAGAAGUGCACCCUUUCGCACGAUGCUAUGUGUAGUAACGGCCUUUGCUGCCGGAGCUGCAGGUACGAGUCGCGAGGGGUGGUGUGCCGGGAGCCGGUGAACGACUGCGACAUCCCCGAGACGUGCACCGGGGAUUCCAGUCAGUGCCCGCACAAUGUCCACAAGCUGGACGGCUACCUGUGUGAUGGGGGCCAGGGCCGGUGUUACGAGGCCCGGUGUCGGACUCGGGACGGCCAGUGCCAGGGACUCUGGGGCCAUGUUUCGGCGGACCGGUUCUGCUACGAGAAGCUGAAUGCCGAGGGCACGGAGAAGGGAAACUGCGGGCGCGAUGCUGGCGGGCAGAGCUGGCUGCAGUGUCACAAGCAGGACGUGCUCUGCGGGUUCCUGCUUUGCUCCAACAUGACCGUGAAGCCCUCCUUCGGGGUCCUCCAGGGCGAGGUGACCAGCCUGACCAUCUACCACCAGAACAAGUACCUGGAGUGCCGUGGGGGCCACGCCCUAUUGGACGACGGCUCCGACCUGGGUUACGUGGAAGACGGCACCCCAUGCGGCCCGAACAUGAUGUGCCUGGAUCGCCGCUGCCUCCCAGUGGCCGCCUUCAACCUCAGCUCCUGCCCGGGCUCGCUUGCUGCCCAUACCUGUUCUGACCAUGGGAUCUGUAGUAACGAGGUGAAGUGCAUCUGCGACAGGGACUAUACAGGCAAAGACUGCAGCGUGUUCGACCCUAUUCCUGAGCCCACACCCCCAGGCCCCCCCGAGAAGAAGGGUCCCAGUGGCACCAAUAUCAUUAUAGGGUCCAUCGCAGGAGCAAUUCUCCUGGCAGCUAUAGUCCUGGGGGGAACAGGCUGGGGAUUUAAAAACAUUCGGAGAGGAAGGUCUGGUGGGGGAUAAGAUGUAAGUCAGUCUGCACUCUGUCCUUUUCACGUAGAAGAAGAAGAAAAGAUGUCUUCCACUCAUUCCAGAACUAUGACCACGGCGACCCUUCAUCCGUCUGCCCUCGCCGCUCUUUACUUGAGUCUCUUUAUCCCUUUGGGCCCUCAGGGGCCCUUGCAAGCUGUUCCAUGCAAGUUCCAACCAAACUCCACUGCCCUCCAUCUCAGGGGCAGCAUCAUGCAUCUGAGAAAUCUCUCCACACUUAGCAAUGUCUUUCAGCGGUGGUUUCUCCUUUUGCCCUAAACAGUGUGCCCCCUGCCCACCCGGAGGAGUUAUAGCACCUGUUUUCAUUUUGCUAUGGAGGACUAUUGACUGGAGCCCCAACUGUAUUUUGACUGGGUUACCUUGAAGCACCAAGACACUCAGUGACAUGAGCUGAACCUGCCAAGUUAGAUAUCAGGAAGUAUUAAGCUGUGUGGCCCAUGUCUUUCUUCUCAGUGGCUUUAUAGACUUGCAUACGCCAUGUUACCUGCUGGAGGCAGGACGCAGCCCCUGGAUGUUGUACCCUCAGUGUGAUGUCAUAUCCUUCCACCAAGGCAGAGGGACACAAAAUUGCGUGGUCUUGUUUCAGAUGAGGAAGGCAAAAUGGGAUAUGAUGCAGAUUUGAUUAAUUUAUUUUUUUUUGUGGGGGGAGGAUCUUGUUCUUUGGUAUUCUGCUCCGUUUGCUUCUUCGGUUGGAAAAGGACAGAAAUCUGAACCUCCACUCGCCACCCCUUUAGUUAGUUCCGGUAUUUUCUAUAAAACAUUCCACCAUCGUUUGAGCCUUUUCGUUCUGCAGAUAUUUGCAUUUUUUUCCCAAGAAAAUAUUCCCCAUGCUCUAGUGGCACCCUCUAAUCCUUAAUAACAUACACAUACCAUUAGCAUCAGAUCAUUAGCAUCACGUCAUUAGCGCCCAAACGCGUGUGAUUAUCAGUUUAUAUGAAUGAGAAGAGGGCCUGUGCUUGUAUAUAAUUAUUAAUGUUAUAUAUAGCACAUGGCAUUAGCUAGAUAGGUACAUAGGUAAUAAAAAAAGUGUAUAUAUUUUCUAUAAUAUAUGGAAAUGGUAGGAGUAUAGUACACAACCCAGAGAAGUGGGAGGUAAAAUUUUAUGACUUUGCGAAUGUAGUUUUUAUCCCAGGGGUCCGUGAUAUUUUUCGGGGGAUUGGCACCGCGUGGCGCCCGCUAGUGUUAGCAAGGGUCACGCUCGUCUGAGAGAAGUCACCCCCUCCGUCUUGCUGCUGUUGCUGCUGCUGCUACUGCUGUGAGGUGAAGUGAACCCCCUCCCCCCCAAAUUGCUCGUCAGGCCGUCCGUGUUGCGCUUUCAGCCCUCCUGCUGCAUGGAUUCACUCAGCAAAUGUGUUUUUUAUAUUCUCUUAUUUUUUUUUAUGACGUGGCACUGCCUUCCUGUCCCACUCCCCCCACCCCCACCCACCCCAAGCCUGAGGACCAAGGCCUGACGGGAGCGCAUAUUUGGUUGAUCGCCUGAAGAAAAUCCUACGGUGAUGUAAAACACCGGUUCAGUGUCUUUUGAGCUCAGCAGGCAUGUUGCGUUGGCUUGUAUCAGAUGGGUAGGCCUUAACUCUUUUAAAUUGGUCUUUAUUUGGUAGAGCUGAAGUCAGUAGUUAGUCACUCGCGUCCUUCUUCAGAUGAACUUCAGAUAGGUUAGUGUAUUUUUUAUAAUUUUUUUUUCAAUGUACAAGACAAUAGACAACGUGACGGGCCACCAUUACAGUGCUUAAGGGGUGCGUGCACGCUCUGGUGAACGAAGUGGUGUAAUCGGACCAUGGGUAUUAUGUAGUGUCCCCUCUGGGUAGCGUAAAAAGCCAGUACUGGGAUUGAUGGGACCAGAUGUGGCCCUUGAUGCUGACUGCUGUUGUACCGUUUAAUGGAAUGGGGUAUCGGCUUUGUUAAAGAAUGACCGACAUUCAUUGGCUCUGCCGCAUGGUCAUUGUUGGCGUCUCAAACCCAGAAACGUCUCCUUCAGUCUUGUGCCUUCUCACUCCUUAAUGGCUACUUGUUUUUUGGUUAGGGGUGAGGACUGAGAGCCCCCCUACAGGACUGGGCCGCACUCGUUGGGGUCAGAGUUACCAGCAUUCGCUCCCUCGAAGGAGCCUCCAGCGAGUUGUGCUAAGCCAGCUGGUAUUAGUAAUCCAUUUGUAUUCACUCAGAAGCACAACAACAUGGAGAAUAGUGACCAUGAGUUUAAGAUGGCAGAAGGAAGUGGUUUGGUUACCCCUUCUCAUGUUAUAAUCCACUGCCAGAAAAAAACCCAUCCAGCCCUGUUUAAAACAAGGCCAUCGCGGGGGACUUCCUUGUGACAGUCCCGCGGCUGAGAAAUGCAUGAUGGGAAAGCACUUAGCAUUGUCCCUGCCCGGAGAACACCUCAUACUGUGACUAAUCCCAACCUCAGUGUGCUAUAGCUAGUCAGAUUUUUUUUAAAACCCUUUAACGCCGGCAAGAGUGGUUCAUUCCAAUAAGCUAAUUACUCUAUGCUAACGCGGUUGGUGAUUGAUGGCUCAGUACUCUAAAGCACUUUAGACCGUUUGGGUUGAAGGCAAUAUAUCAGCUCUGUUUGGCACUGCAGCACCGUCGGUUACGGAAGUUCACUCAGGAUUUCUGGGUAAUUCUUUGGGAGCGUUUCCGAUCCGGGUUCCACUGAAUUCCUAACUAGUGCUUCGCCUGCUAAGGAAUGCCGACUGUCCCGGAAGCCAUUGCAGAAAAUGAAAUUCUCAUUUUUCGUUAGACAAAGGCUUCUACGUGAGUAAUCAAGCCCUCAAGCCCUAACCCUAACCCUAACCUCUACCACUCGCAGCUUACUGCCUCUUCUAACUAAUGUACCAACUGGUGCUGCAAAAAUGCAGUACUUUUUAGAAGCAGUAUGAAUAAACAAAAAUUUGUAAAUUUUGCACUAUAUGUAUUAAUUUGCAUAUAAUCACAUUUACAUAUAUAUUUGUACACAAAAAAUAGAUGCAUUUCAUACAUAAUAUAUAAAAAAAAAUGCACCAUAUUAAAUGAUGUAUGCAUUAUAUAUCUAUCGAUUUGUCUAUAAUUGUAUAUAUGUUGACAGUUAUCUCCUCUCCCAAUCCUGGCUGUUUCUCAGUGCUCUCCUGAUGUACAUAAGGCUAAACGCUCACCGUAGAGGAGUUUGCUGCGCUCUCUCCCAAUCAGUCAUGAGCCCCACCCCUCCCCCAAUCAGAAUGUGAUGUACAGAGACGCUUGUUCCCCUGCUAUUGGAUGUUUAUUCAUUGUCAGUUUCCGAAUGCACUGAUUGUUCCUCAAUUGCUCUCCAAAACGUUUUGAGCUCAUAUCCAGUACGGAUGUAGAGGCGGGAGCCGUGUCCAAACCGUCAACCUCAUAUUUUUAAAGCCUUUUUUUUUUUUUUAAAGAGUACUUGAAAUGAAUGGAAAGUUUAAAUGCUGUAAAUUAUCAAUUGAAAGGGGAAAAAAUAUAUAAUAAAACCUGAAAGUAAGACUCGCAUA